AGUUUGACAUUUGUGGAGUUUUGUGAAUUGAAUAUGUUAAAAAAGUGUAUAUAAUGGCCUUCAGAUAUAGAGAUGAAAUAGUAGGUAAACGUUUUUUGUCUGUUAGUGGUUUUACAAAGUUAAAAUUAUCAAAAAUAAGUGAGUGGGGAUGGAGGGCGGGAGUUGUACGUGCUGCAAGUCAUAAGGAUAACAAACACAAGGAUUUACAGGUUCUGGUCGAGUAUGACGACACGGAGUGGCAGCGACGAGAGUGGAUCAGCGUGUACAAGGACAACAUAUUCCAAGUGUUCAUGGUGGAGUCGUCGCUGGUGUGGUGCGACAGGAAGGACCCCUACACCAGCCUCAAGUCGUCCGUCUUGUGGCCGGCACUUACAUUCACGUCACUGGUGGCCACCAUGGACUUGUCGUCUCAGAGACUUCAGCCCGUGGAAUUCUUGGUGGAUCAAGAACUCGCGUUCAAGGAUCCGACUACACUCCUUCCGUACAAGGAAUGGGACCUCAAGAUCCGUGGUGUCAAGGACUACCCGGCGGUGCGGGAGGCGGCACGUCGCUGGGUGGAGGCGCAGGACGGUCAGCAGAUCCUGCUCACGACCCCCUCGGUCCUGGUGGGGUUCAGGGUGGAAGUGUACAGAGCCGAGGGCACCACACAGUGGUACACCGCCGUCAUCUGUGGCUACAACGAGGCUACCCAUGAGCUGACAGUGACUGAUGACACCGUGCUGGAGGGCCACAAUGAAGACCCCACCCUGGUCCAGAUGAGGCUCAUAGGAGACAGAGUGGUAGAGUCCAUAAUGCGGGGAGAGGACGUGGGCAUCACGCCACGACGGUCACGGUCCAGCAAUACACCCGCCCCGCCCCCUGCCCUCACCACGCCCUCCCGGAGCCAGCGUCAGUUGCCAGUGAGUGUUGUCCAAACAGACGCGCCCGUCGCCUGUCCCUCCAGGAAACAUCUCCGCCGAGAGGCGGCUCGUCCGCCGGACAACUUCAAAGAUAAGCCGGACAGUAAGAAGAAGCCUCGAACGAGACGGAGGAACAAUGGAGUCAAGCCGAUCACCAGGAGUAAAGAGGACUUAGAGAACAAGGGGAAAAAGAAGCGCUCCGUAGAACCUAGGCCGGCCAAGAAGAAAGUGUUGGAAGAGGCGAACAACAGCAAACUACGGAGACUAGUGGAAGUGCGCGUAGAGGAUUGUCUGAGGCGAGUGAACAAAGAGUUGAGUGGAGUGGUCGCGAGUGAAGUGGUCCAAGAGGACAAGGCGGGCGAGAGUGAGCGCGAGGAAGUGGUGGUCGCGGAGGAUGAGGAGGUCGCCGACGAGUGUCCGACAGAGAGCGCGAGUGUUGUAGAAGAGCGAGUGACGGAGACGGAACCUACGGCGGAGGUGGACGCAGACAGUGAGCGGACGGAACGCGUCGACGAUGACGGUCCGACCAUGGAGCUGGCCGGUGACAGUACCCCAGCCGUUCUGCGCUUCUCCGACGACCGCUCGGACUCCGGAGUGAGCAGUCUCCGUAGCGCAGGAAGUGGCGAUGAAAGAUCAGGUAGUCGCAGCAGCGCCUUGAGCAGUAGCGACGAACCGCGCAGUGGAGGUAGUGGCAAAUCGUCGUCCCCAGUGGUCUGGCGAGAGCCUGCGGACGUGAGACACGUCCACAGUGUACAGCAUCAGUCUCUGCUCAUGUCGCAUCCCGGGGGCUCAGCCCCCCCAGCCCCGCCACCAGCGUCUCACUACCCACCACCCUUGAUGGCGCCGCAUCCCCUUCAUCACUUGCAGGCCCCCGGCAGCCACCUGUACCCCCCUCACGUGGACAUGCUGUGGAAGCCGAGGUACCAUCAUCCCCAGAGCCAGCUGUCGCACCACCCUACUGCGGAGGAGCUCCAGGAGCAGAGAGAGCGUGCCUACGCCCAGGACCGCCACGACAGGCUAAUCAGGGAUCGCAGAGAACAAGAGAGAGAGUUGGAGAAGCAGAAGGAGAGGGAGCGUGAAAGGGAGAGGGAGAUAAAGACGGAGAGAGACAAGCAGGAACGGGACCGCAUAGAGAGAGAGCGACUGGAAAAACAGCGAGCGGAGCAAGCGGUCCACAAACACUUUGAGGAGUCGCUGCGACUGGCCCAGGCUAAGGGUUGGGACACAUUGAACUCUACAAUAAGCCUAACUCCUGCAAUGGGGGGUGACCGUGCAAGAAUGCCAGAGAAGCUUCAAAACUCCAUUUCAGGGAGGAGUGCCAAGGUAGAGUACCCACCCCCGGCACACCGCCCUGUAGGAGGAGUGAAGGAUAAGUCUUCUGUCACCUCAGGACUACCCAAGGCUGAACCCAACCUCACCAACCUGUUCUACUCUGGGUAUCAACCUCCUCUUGCCUUCAUUCACCAUGAUCCCUCCAAGGUGAAGUCGGAGUUGAAGGCAUCACAGUCUCCGUCUCUGGUAGUCACCAAGAGUUCACCUGCCGACAGGGAGAUGGGGCUGCCCAACCCACCACCCUUAAUGUCAGAUUUGAAAAAUUCAGUGAUAGUGGAAAAUAAAAUACCCAAAACAAUGGACAAAACUAAACUCAGGGUGUCUGAACCCCACUAUCUUCCCUCUGCUCCAUCAGGAGGAGCUCAAAUGAAGUACGAGUAUAGAAGUCCUUCUCAAUCCCCCCACUUGCUCUCACACCAAUCCCAUCAUUUUGACCAAGCUGCAAACUUAGCGAGCAUUAGUAAAGUUCAUAACCACAACAGUGCUCCUGUUUUACACCAACGGGCAAGACAAUCGCCACUUCCUCCUCAUAGACAAUCUCCCCACCCCCCUCACCGCCAAUCACCCCACCAACCCUCUCUUCCCCAUAGGCAAUCUCCCCAUCCUCAUCCUCAAAGACAAUCUCCUCAUCCUCAUCCUCAUGCUUCCUCUCCGGACCAAAGGUAUCCACCAGGAACAUUAAUUUAUUCAAAGUCUGCAACAGUAAAUUCCUACCCUUACCCUGCUCCAGCGCCUCCUCCUCUUCAUUAUGCAGCUCCAGUUACAACACCUCCUAAACCUAAAGUUAGCAGUCCCGCACCACCCCACAUAUACGGUAAGCCUAGCAGUGGAAUUUCUGCGGGAACACCCAUUUGUAGAGCACAAGAAAUGAGGCUAAGUCCACUACCACUAACAUCAACGAAGGCUCCAUUAACAACUUCUCCGUACCAGCAAAUGCCACAACACCACCCUCCCUCUCAACACCAUCCUCCACCUCAGCACCAGGGAGGACCACUGAGAGAUAACCUUCAUCAACCUCCACCUCCAGCUCACUCCAGCAGGGGGGUUUACGGGAUGUACCAACCUCCUCAAGGCCCAGGACUGGCAGUUAGUGUUAAACCUCCUCCAUCAUCUCCUCCGUCGAGGUCAUCCCCUCUUGCGGCAUUCCAGACACAACCCUUAGACCUCGGUGUCAAAGAAGACCAAGACCGAGGGGCAUCACCGAAGAGAAAACUCGCAGAUGAUCCUGAGUGUUUGGACGCAAAGAAGCGGCGCAACGAAGAGCCAGUGCUUUCGAGGGUCAGUGAGCCUAGCCCUCUAUUGGCUAGUGCGGCUACAACGAUUACUACAGUAGUGAACACUGCCGUAACGGACAGUUUAGAUAGACCAAGUAGUGCGGGAACCCCUGCUCCUCCCGCCUGUCCUAGUCCUAAUACCCCUGCCAAACCUCCUAGUGGGGUCGACAGUGAAAAGUCAAAUAGCCCUGGCCCACCUCCUAGGACUACAUCAUCUUACCCUGUUCAUAAACUGAAAAAGGCAUGGUUACAAAGGCACUCCGGAGAAGAUGGUACAGACGAUAAGGACAUUGUCGGUUCUGGUAGUUGCGUUACACUGCCAAUUACACUUCCUAAAAAAGAGGAACGAACUGAAUGUGUUAGUGCUGUGAAUUCUUUACAUAGUAUAGGUUCUAUGGCUGUUAACAGUAUAAGUAAAACUAAGCCUAAAAAUGGUAGAAAAACUGCCAAAGAUAGUCCUUUAUUAAACGGUCAUACGUCAGGGAAAUUGCCUGAUGCUGAUGACUCGUCGAGUUCGGAUCCGGAUAGGAAAGCUUCGCCCCCUAAAAGAGUGCCUCCUAAAGUUAAAAGAAAGAAGGGUGGGAGAAAGCCUGUGGUAGAAGAAAAUAAGAGAAAAAAGUUGUCUGCUAGUAGUACUGAUAGUGGUAAAGAAAGUGAAAGUGACAAAGAGAGUGAUACGGGUAGUGGCAAGAAGGCCGCGGGUGACAAGAGUGAGAAGACAGCAAAAGACAGCGGAAAGAAGAGGGGUCGGAGGCCUAAAACCAAUCAGUCCACCCUUCCAAAAAACGAAGGAGGUGAGGAGUCGCGCCCCAAAAAGCCCCGGGACGAGCCACCAACGCCGCCCCAGCGCGACCCCUUCGCCAAACCACCCGUGGGGCAACUCAAGAAAACAGGCGAGAGCUUCUUACAAGACGGGCCGUGCUUCGAGGUAGCUCCCAAGCUGGCCAAGUGUCGAGAGUGUAGGUGGACCCCUCACCAGAGGAGCCGCAACCAACCCAACAUCUUCUGUCGCUUCUACGCCUUCAGGAGACUUAGGUACACCAAGAACGGUCAGUUGGCCAUCGCAGGGUUCUCAGAUCCCAACAGAGACGCUACACCAGAUGACCUCAAGCUGUGGCUGCCACAACCCGAGCAUCCUCCUCCUGACCUGGACAUGGACAUGUCCAGGUUCCUCCUACAUCAGGUGGGAGACCAGUUUUGUGACUUGCUUCAACAGGAGAAAGAAGCCAUCUCCAUCCAUAUGAGUGAAGAUAAAACAAUAGCGUGGAAGCGGGUGGUGCAGGGAGUGAGGGAGAUGUGUGAUGUCUGUGAGACGACACUCUUCAACUUCCACUGGGCUUGUGGCAAAUGUGGCUUUGUCGUCUGCAUCGACUGCUACAAGAGCCGCAAGCAAGGUACAGUUAAGAUGUGGGGAGAGCCAGGUCGGGACCGAGACGACAAGUCAUGGCUACUGUGCACCAACAGACAAGGCCACGAGCAGGAAAAGCUGAUGUUGACACAGAUCAUCGCAGGAGACUCCCUACACCAGCUGGGACGCAAGGCUCAUGAGGCCAGAGCUACGUGGGGCAUCCCCAUGCAUUGCGGCUGUCCUCUGGCCUCCGCAUCCACUGUCAAACCCACCAAUGGCUUCUGCAAGGACAUUCUCAAAAGCAUACAACUGAAGACUGAACCUGUAAAUGGGCAAAUUAAAACUGAAAAAGAGGAAAAGACUGAUGAAAAAAAUUCACCUCUGAAUUGGCUAGCGGAUGUUGCUCUCUCAAAUGAAGAUAAAAAGAACUCGUGUGGGGAAAGUGCGUGCAGUAGUGACUCGGAUGAUGACAAGGAUGGGAACUACUCUACAUUGAGAGAACUGCUGAUCAGACCAGGGCCCAAGAGCAACGGCAGUCGAGCGGCAUCACCCACCUCCAACAACACUCUUCCUACGACCAACAACAGCAGUAAGAGCAAGAAGUCACAUGUGGAUACGCUCAACGAGGUGAUAUCCAGCGUAAUAGAGCACUCUGUCAACAAAACCGAAGAGGACACAGCCACGGACAAGGUGGCGACUCCGCAACUGAAGCACUUUGUGAGACGCUACACCUGGCCGCAGAAGUCGUGGAGAGACCCAGUGCCUAUCCGCAUCAUGACACUGACUGAGAGUGAGGACUUGUACCCUGACCUGCCUCAUUCAUGGCUGUGUGAGGGACGUCUACUGAGACUACUCGACCCCAACCACAGUGGCAACUACAGGAUAUUCCAGGAUCAGUGGAAGAGAGGUCAGCCUGUUAUUGUGAGUGAUGUAUUGAAGCAUCUGGAUAAGGAGCUAUGGCAACCGGACUCGUUCAUCAGGGAUUUUGGUGAGACCAAGAACGACCUGAUCAACUGUAUGACGGGCAACGUUGUGCCCAACCAGUUCAUGCGCAAGUUUUGGGAAGGCUUUGAUCAUGUCAACAAGAGGCUCAAGGAUGACAAAGGAAAUGCUAUGUUGCUCAAACUAAAGGAUUGGCCGCCUGGUGAAGACUUUGCAGAAAUGUUACCAUCAAGGUUCACUGAUCUGAUGAAAGCUCUGCCAAUGGGAGAAUAUACGCAGAGGACCGGUCGACUAAACCUCGCGUCAAGGUUGCCAGACUGUUUUGUGAGACCAGAUCUGGGCCCCAAGAUGUACACAGCUUACGGCUCAGCUCUGCAUCCUACUAAGGGUACCACCAACCUUCAUCUUGACAUCUCUGACGCUGUCAAUGUCAUGGUCUAUGUUGGCAUACCCAAGGAUGCUGAAUCUGACGACCAUAUAAAGGAAGCCUACCGAGCUAUCGACGAAGCGUGUUCAGAUCUGUUGACACGGCGGCGAGUCAGAGAUAAGUCGGAGCUCCCAGGAGCUCUGUGGCACAUCUACAGUGCAAGAGAUGCUGACAAAAUCAGGGACUUGCUAAACAAAGUAGCAAUAGAGAGAGGUGCAAGACUAGAGCCCCAUCACGACCCCAUCCACGACCAGAGUUGGUACCUGGACGCUCCACUGCGGGAACGACUGUACAAGGAAUAUGCUGUGGAGGGCUACGCGAUAGUGCAAUGCCUAGGGGAUGCCAUCUUCAUACCUGCUGGUGCCCCUCAUCAGGUGCGAAACCUGCAUAACUGUAUUAAAGUGGCCGAAGACUUUGUGUCGCCAGAGAACGUCUCCCAUUGCUUCCAUCUCACCCAAGAGUUCCGUGAGCUCUCUGACACACACACCAACCAUGAAGACAAACUCCAGAUCAAGAACAUUAUUUACCACGCAGUGAAGGACUCUUUGUCUAUACUCACGACCAAGGAAAACUACAAGCAGGAGAUGAAAAUUGAAAAUGCCGAUUCGUGAUUACAACUGCCACUCUACUCAUAACUUUUUAAAGUAUUUCUUGUGAUAGGUGCUGUUUAUUUUAGUUUCAUGUGCUAUGAACGUUUUAAUUGUUAUAGCGCUUUAAAGAAGUUUUAAAAGUUAUUUUUUAAGUGUUUAUGUAUAUAGUUUUGUUUAUUCUUUCUCAAAAUGCGAUCGGUACAUAGUGUAAAUAUAUUAAAUAAUCGUAUUAUAAGCGACACUAAGUGACGCGAGUUUACUGUAAAUAAUACAUUAUUUAAUUUUCUGAGUCUUGAGGCGAGUAGAUAAAAGCCGAUGGACUUCGGGUCUGAUGUAUAUAUUGUAUCUAUAAAUAAGUAAAUAUGUGCAAAACACGUCGUAACAGAUCCCGCCCAACUUUGCACUUUUUCUACAACAAUUUAGGUAUGUUAAGUGUUACGGCUGUUCUAGAUCUCACUAAAUGUUACAGAGAAAUGUGCAUUUGUAGUCAUGUCAAAAUAUUCCAUGGCAUCGUCGAUUACGAAAUAAUUUUUCCCGAUGGUACUUAAGUAACUGUUGUAAUUGAACUCGUACUUGUUACCACUCAUUACCAUUGUCUCUGUGUAUGAAUAAUGUGAGUUCAACUUCCAUUAUUUUUUUCUCUAUUGUAAAGAAUGGGUGGGCCAGAAGAGUCCAUAUUUUGUUAACUCACUCCAUUGUUUGGUUUUUCUUUAUAACAAAAUUAAUCAUGUCCCGAUUCAUAACUUUAUGGUUAAAUGGAAACUGUUUUAGUUCUCAAUGAAAAUAAAGUGCUAUUUAAAUAAAGUGCCAAUGUGGAUAAUGUG